AUGGAAAUCUCUCUUUCCCUAGAAGAAACGAACAAGCUUCGAAGACAGUUGGGUCUACGAGAGAUUCCACAGGGUGAUGAUUCUGUGUCCACGUUGCAAAACAAGGUUUCUAAAAAUGAUUUGCUGAUUGCGGAAACAAACAAACUUCGAGCGUCCGCUGGACUCAAACCAAUACCAGAAACUGACAGUAAAGAGAAAGCUGAUGAUAAUGUAGAUACUCGGGUGGAGAGCCGUGGCAGUAAACUUCUAGACAAACUCAAAUCUCGAAGGAACGUGGCACAUCUCGACGAAAAUGAAGAACCAAAUGAAAAUCACGAUAUCGUGGUAAAUACAGAUGAUUGGCUCAACAGCUUGGGAAAGGAAGCUACGGAUACAACGGAAAGCGAUUCGGUACAGAAUGUGGUACACAAGGACAAAACCAAAGACGUAAAUGAAGUUCUGAGAGAUCUGUCUACGCCCAUGCUUGAUUCAAAGGUACCCCAUAUUCUUAAAGAAAGCCCGAACCAGGAGGAAAAAGCUUCUCUUUCGGGUAUAUCCGACACAGCUGAGCCCAGCGAACAGCCUCUGAAAAAGAGAAUGGCAAUACUGUUGUUUGAUGAAGAUGAGAUACAACCAGAGACUGUGAAAAUGAAAAAGAUAAAAAAAAAGUCUCUGAAGAAUAGAAAGAGAGAACAAACCAUGGACCCUUUUGAAGUAAAGCCCGUUGUUCUUGAGCAGUUUGAAGACAACGAUGACGAUUUUGAAGUUCAGUCGAUGAUCAACCACAAGCGACGGUUGAAGCAGCAGCAACGAAAGAAACUCACUUCUGAAGAACUCGCGAAGGAGAUCAGUCAGCUUGAGCUGUGGGACAGUAAAGAUGCCUUGGAUCGAGCGUCAGCCUUAGCAACUGCGUCUGGGUUGGUUUUUGACGACACUUCUGAAUUUCUAAGUUCAUUGAGCACCGAAAAGACAGAAAAGAAAGUUGACACAGCGGAGCCAGAAACUGAAAAGGAGCAAACCCCAAAAUCCAACGAGCAACUGGAAGCUCAUACAGAACCGUCUGAGCCCAUUGAAGAAGGUACUACACCGCGGUUCAAUACCGGAAUUGCAGCCACUCUCAAUUACCUUAAACUGCACUCUGUUUUAGAAACCAAGCAAAUACAGCAAGAAGCCAGAGAACAACGAGAAGCAGCCAAAAGAGCAGAAAUGACUAAAUUGAACAUUGAAAUUGAGAGUCGUCUUGUUCGUGAGCAACUUGAAAGCGAUGGCUCCUACAAGUCUUUACCUAAGGAAGAAAAAGAAACCAUUUUUGAAAGAUACCUCGAUGAAAGACUUCGAGAAAAGGGCCUUUUACAAGUUGCUGAACCCAAACGUAAAAAGAAAUACGACCUGUACACCUCCAACAACAAUUAUCGGCCGCAAGUACAGCUCGUAUAUAAAGAUAAAGACGGCCAUGAAUUGCUGCAAAAAGAAGCAUUCAAGCAUUUGUCGCACAAGUUUCACGGCGCAAAGCCGGGAAAGGCCGAUAAACAUAAGGCAAAGAAAACCGAGCCUUCGGAACGUAUACUAUAA